UGAUGACAACACAGAAGCUCUUCCUCACCACUUUGAUUCUCUCACUCCUCCAUUCUACAAAUGCAAACUGCAGUCUUUCUGGGUGUGGUGAUAUUGGCAAUAUCACCUUCCCUUUCCACCUCAAGAGCCACUGCGGCUAUCCCCAACAUGAACUAAUCUGUGAAAACAAUAGCACAUUCAUCUAUCUAAACUCUAUCAAAUACCAUGUCAAGGCAAUCAACUACCAAAACUCCACAAUCAGACUGGUUGAUGCUUCCAUAAACAAUGAUACAACCUGCCCUUUCCCUAACACUUCCUCUGAUUUCACCCGCUCUUCUUCUCCAUACUAUUAUUCCAACUUAUCUGAAGAUUUGUCAGUUAACUUCAUUAGCUGCCCAUAUCCAUUGAACAAUUCUUCCAUCUUUACAGAUAUAACUCAGACUGUGCCUCUAAUUUAUCACACUCCACCUUUAGAUAUGUAAAGGUUGGGAGCAUCGAGGCCUUAGAGGUACCACAUAUGUGUACAUUAGGUCAAACAGUCUUGACAUCGUGGCGGGAAUUGGUGCAUGAGAAGAUUGCUUCCCUCUCAGAAAUCCACCAGGCUCUCUUGUAUGGUUUUGAACUCAACUUCUGUUAUAGUAAUUGCAGUGAAAAACCAACAAAAUUGGAGCAACUCAGGUAUCGCUUAUCAACACAACCUUAUGACUAUCUCCUUAUUCCUUUGGCCAUUAUAGGGGUAAGCCUUCCUGUGACGGUCAUACUCUCAUUUCAAUUCCUUUGGGAAGACUACAAUUUACAUCCCUUUGGAAGAGCUACAAUACAGUAA